GUGAGAGAGGCUUGUAAUCUUCUGGGUUGAUACUCAAAGAGGAUCAGAGCAUUACUCCGAGAGAGUGUGGCUAUGGAGAGAGGCAGAGCAUGCCUGAAACUGUGGAUUCUCCUCCAUCUAUUCUCCUUAUCCAUUGUCUUCAUCCACAGCGAUGCGAGAAGGAUGACGCCACGGUCCAAAGGCGCGGCGCAUCCAAGGAUUCCGGCCCUGAGAUCCACGAAGAGGAUGAGAGUGACGAGAAAGCUGGACUUGCCGUCGGACAUCCAACCUUACGUGAGCUCGCCGUUCACGUUGCCGCCGUACGAUUCGCUUCCCCCGAUUCCUCUGCCUGAUCUCAGCCCUCCAUACUGCAUAUACCCACCAUUGACCCCACAACCCCCGGCUUCCACAACAAUCCCACCUCCCACAAUGACCACACCAUCACCACCCUAUAUCUACAUCCCACCAAUCCUUCCCAUUCAAAACCCGCCUCCCAGCCCGACCGUUGUGAUUCCGGGCCCACCCGAGUCUUUACCGAGCCCUCCGGGACCUGCAAUUGUCCCAGCCCCCCCGGGCCCCGGAACCGGUCCUAGUCCUACCCCGCCGAUGAUCAACCCGCCUUACGUUGUGCGUAGCCCCCCAAUCUUCAUUCCGAGUCCGUCCUCCUAUGUCCCAUCCCCGGGCGGAGGCGGCAUUGUCCCAAGCCCGACUAUAUUCCUCCCGCCAAUUGUCUACCCUCCUCCCACGGUGCCGCCACCCCCUAACACCAGCCCGAGCAUAGCCUUGUGGUGCGUGGCCAAGCCCUCAGUGCCCGAGCCCAUCAUCCAGGAGGCCAUGAACUACGCCUGCGGAUCCGGCGCCGACUGCGACUCGAUCGAGCCGCAGGGCUCGUGCUUCCAGCCCAACACGCUGUUCGCGCACGCUUCGUACGCGUUCAACAGCUACUGGCAGAGGACCAAAGUGGCCGGCGGCUCAUGCUCCUUCGGUGGCACGGCAAUUCUAGUCACCGUGGAUCCUAGCUAUGAUGGAUGCCAUUUUGUCUACCUGUAGCGAGUGAAACAGCCCUGUUCUUGGCAACGUCGAGAAGUAGAAUUCGGAUGAUUUCUAUGUCAUCCCAACUUCCUAAUUUUUUUUUUCUUUCCCUUGGAAUAAAGUAGGAAUUUCGGUUUGUUUUAUCAGAGGAUAUAUGGAUUUUUGGCAGUAGAUAUAUAUUCAUAAGGUGUAUCAGAUGACAGGGUAUGAAAGUCAUCACUUUCUAGUGUUAUAGAAACAACCUCUUCUUCA